CAGGGCUGGGCGCGCGCCCCGCGUCCCGGGCAGGAAGAUGGUGGCGAGCGCGCGGGUGCAGAAGCUGGUGCGGCGCUACAAGCUGGCGAUCGCCACGGCGCUGGCCAUCCUGCUGCUGCAGGGCCUGGUGGUGUGGAGCUUCAGUGGCCUGGAGGAGGACGAGCCGGGCGAGAAAGGAAGGCAGAGGAAGCCACGGCCGCUGGACCCCGGCGAGGGCUCCAAGGACACAGACAGUUCAGCCGGGCGCCGGGGCAGCGCGGGCAGAAGGCAUGGGCGCUGGCGGGGUCGUCCCGAGAGCCCCGGCGUGCCCGUGGCCAAGGUGGUACGGGCAGUCACCAGCCGGCACAGAGCCAGCCGCCGUGUCCCGCCGGCCCCACCCCCAGAGGCCCCAGGCCGCCAGAACCUGAGCGGGGCAGCAGCUGGGGAGGCGCUGGUUGGGGCGGCCGGCUUCCCACCGCAUGGAGACACAGGGAGCGUGGAGGGCGCCCCCCAGCCAACGGACAACAGCUUCACCCCCAAGUGCGAGAUCGUGGGCAAGGACGCGCUGUCUGCUCUGGCCCGGGCCAGCUCCAAGCAGUGCCAGCAGGAGAUUGCCAAUGUGGUGUGCCUGCACCAGGCCGGGAACCUCAUGCCCAAGGCUGUGCCCCGCCACUGCCAGCUGGCUGGGAAGAUGAGCCCCGGCAUCCAGUGGGACGAGGUCCGGGCCCAGCAGCCCGCGGAUGGUCCCCCGGUCCGAAUUGCCUACAUGCUGGUGGUUCACGGCCGUGCCAUCCGCCAGCUGAAGCGCCUUCUGAAGGCCGUCUACCACACGCAGCACUUCUUCUAUAUCCACGUAGACAAGCGCUCCAACUACCUGCACCGUGAGGUCGUGGAGUUGGCCCGGCAGUAUGACAACGUUCGGGUGACGCCCUGGCGCAUGGUCACCAUCUGGGGCGGGGCCAGCCUGCUGCGGAUGUACCUGCGGAGCAUGCGGGACCUGCUGGAGGUGCCUGGCUGGGCCUGGGACUUCUUCAUCAACCUCAGUGCCACCGACUACCCGACCAGGACCAACGAGGAGCUGGUGACUUUCCUGUCCAAGAACCGGGACAAGAACUUCCUCAAGUCACAUGGCCGGGACAACUCCAGGUUCAUCAAGAAACAGGGCCUGGACCGGCUCUUCCACGAGUGCGACUCACACAUGUGGCGGCUGGGCGAGCGGCAGAUCCCGGCGGGCAUCGUGGUGGACGGCGGCUCGGACUGGUUCGUGCUGACACGCAGCUUCGUGGAGUACGUAGUGUACACGGACGACCCGCUGGUGGCCCAGCUGCGCCAGUUCUACACGUACACGCUGCUCCCCGCCGAGUCCUUCUUCCACACGGUGCUGGAGAACAGCCCGGCCUGCGAGAGCCUGGUGGACAACAACCUGCGGGUCACCAACUGGAACCGCAGGCUGGGCUGCAAGUGCCAGUACAAGCACAUCGUGGACUGGUGCGGCUGCUCGCCCAACGACUUCAAGCCGCAGGACUUCCUCCGGCUGCAGCAAGUCUCCAGACCCACCUUCUUCGCCCGGAAGUUCGAGUCGACUGUGAACCAGGAGGUCCUGGAGAUCCUGGAUUUCCACCUCUAUGGCAGCUACCCACCGGGUACACCAGCUCUCAAGGCGUACUGGGAGAACACCUACGAUGUGGCCGAUGGCCCCAGUGGGCUCAGUGACGUCAUGCUCACCGCCUACACCGCCUUCGCCCGCCUCAGCCUGCGCCACGCUGCCACCGUGACACCCCCGAUGGCCUCCCCACUCUGCAGGUUUGAGCCCCGGGGCUUGCCGUCCAGCGUGCACCUGUAUUUCUAUGACGACCAUUUCCAGGGCUACCUGGUGACGCAGGCGGUGCAGCCCUCAGCCCAGGGGCCGGCAGAGACGCUUGAGAUGUGGCUGAUGCCCCAGGGGUCGCUGAAGCUGUUGGGGCGCAGUGACCAGGCCAGCCGGCUCCAGAGUCUGGAGGUGGGACAGGUCGGCACUGAGUGGGACCCCAAAGAGCGUCUUUUCCGGAACUUUGGGGGGUUGCUGGGGCCUCUGGACGAGCCUGUGGCCGUGCAGCGCUGGGCCCGGGGCCCCAACCUCACAGCCACCGUGGUGUGGAUCGACCCCACCUACGUGGUGGCCACGUCGUAUGACGUCACGGUAGACGCGGACACCGAGGUCACGCAGUACAAACCCCCGCUGAGCCGGCCCCUGCGGCCAGGGGCCUGGACUGUUCGGCUCCUUCAAUUCUGGGAACCCCUGGGUGAGACCCGCUUCCUCGUGCUGCCCUUGACCUUCAAUCGCAAACUACCUCUCAGGAAAGAUGACGCCAGCUGGCUACAUGCUGGGCCACCCCACAACGAGUACAUGGAGCAGAGUUUCCAGGGCCUCAGUGGUAUCCUGAACCUGCCCCAGCCGGAACCCGCAGAGGAGGCCGCCCGGCGGCACACUGAGCUCACGGGCCCGGCCCUGGAGGCCUGGACAGAUGGGGAGCUGAGUGGCUUCUGGUCUGUGGCCGGACUGUGUGCCAUGGGCCCCUCCGCCUGCCCCGGCCUGGAGCUUUGCAGACUGACCAGCUGGAGCUCUGUGUCCCCCGACCCCAAAUCAGAGCUGGGACCCGUCAAAGCAGACGGGCGACUCAGGUAGCAGGGCCCUGGCCUCCGGAUGACCCAGGGAUUGCACCUUACAGACAGCGGAGGGGUGUCCCCUCCCCACAGGCAAGAACCAGAGGCCCAGGCAGGCUACCCCUUUGAGCCAUCAAGGAUGGGCGCAGACGGCAGGGAAGGGGGGCAUGCUCCUUACUGCUCACGGUUCUGCCGGGGACCCCAGCGGACGGCAGGAGUGUGGGGAGAAGGGCUCCAGCUUCCACACCCUGCUCUUCCUCACUUUCCCUUCUAGGUUUCUUAUUGUUUGGGUUUUUUUGUUUGUUUGUUUGUUUCUAAUGGGUGGUAGGGGGAGGAACUGGAAAUGAAAGCUGUGCAAUAGGGCUCAGAGCAGCCCCAGGAAGUGGGCCAUGGCUCUGAGGAGCAGGGGCCUGACGAGCCCAUCUGCUGUUGCUCUGGAGGAGGCCGGGCCUGCCUCACUCUCCGGGACCUCAUUCCCCCAGCCUGGGCCUGUGGUGCUCAUGGCUGAGGCUCUACGGGGGUACAAGUGCCACGCCAGGCUCUGAGGCCCGGAGACCAGGUGAUUUGGGGGAGCGCUGCAGAGCUGGACUCUAGUGGGACAGUCUCUCUUCUUGUAGCCAGGGGACCAUAGAAUAAGGGGUGGGGCUGGCUCUCAGGCUUUCCAGCAUGUCUGGCCCCUCGAGGGGCAAGGCAGGGCAUCAGGGCCUGCUGAGACCAAUGCAGAGUUUCCCAGGUACCCAGAACUACAAGCCAGACCUGGGCUCCCACGCUGCAGGGGUGAGCCCUCGGGAGCAGUGUGGGAAGAAAACUCUGUCGGGGCUCUCCGAAGAAUCUAGAGAAGCAUUGUGCCUGAAAGCUCCGUGUGCGGUCUGAAAUACGCAACAGAAGAAAUAUAUCUCUAUCUCUCUAAGCCACCCUCCGUGUCCUUCCUCCCGGCUGCCAGGAAGCUGGCAUUGUCUGGCCUUCCCCCGAAUGUCUUCGCUGGUAUGCUCUGAAAGCCAUGAGAAGGUGGAAGUUUUAUUUCCCUUGAGUGGAAACGGUUUAGAAUCCAAGAACCAGAAGGGAGGCAGGAACCCAUCUAGAGCAGCUCCCUCUUUUUCUGAGGGCCAGAUAGGCCCUUGCUCAUUGCCGGCCAGGAGGUCAGCACGAAAGCCAGUUCAGUUCUCAAGGGUCCUGACCCAGCACUUCCUCGGGAUGCUGGCUUCUUUGCCUUUGGCCUCAUCAGGGCCCAUCCCACAAGCUCUCCUCACUCUCCUGCCCGGCUCCGAUGUAUGGAGCACCCCCCAGAAUGGAGGCAGCCCCAGCCACAGCCUGGUAGUUCGCGUUGGAAUUGUAGGGGCAAGAGUCACAGUGGCGUGGGUCCCUGGCCACCACCCUAGGCCCUGGGAGGGCCAUGCUGGAAGGGUUUGUCCCACCUUUCUCCUCUGCCAACCCCUUUCUCCCUCCAGCUCUCCUGCUGUUGUCAGCAGGGGCUCCAUAUCAGACCUUCACGCCUGACUUAAUGUGGGAGCCAGGGUUUCUCGGACCUUUAAAAGCCCUCCCUCGGAGGUCCUGCAUAGGCCUGCUCAGCUCUGCACCGGGAACAAAGGGCUCAUUCCUGCCUCCACUGCCACAUGUCAAGUUUUCUUAGUGGCCAGGAGAGGGCGCCCUUGACUGCCAGGAAGGGCGGUGGCGGGGGAUCUGUUCAGCCAGCGGGCGGGCAUUCUGCAUAGCAUCUCAUUGAAUCCUUACACUGCGAGGCCCGCGCUUUAAGGAUGGACAUGCGGCACACCAGGAAACUGGAAUGAUGAGCCCGAAGUCACAGCCCUCCAGUGGCGGCAGUAAGCUCCUGGCGGAGGCAGGAGGCCUGCCUUGCACUCUGACCACCCCCUGCCCUCCCGAGAGCAGGUCGCCAGUGAGGAGCUGACAGCAGGAAGUCCCGCUACCUCGGGUGAGGGGUAGGAUGACAUCGUUCUGCUGCUAUUUUUGUCAACCUCUGAAACUCGCCCUGAGUCUCUACAAUUUUUUUUUUUUAAACACAAAAACUCUUAGGUCGAUAAAAAGAAAAAUUGCUAAGCGGGUCCCGGUAACGGUCAGAGCAUUUACACUCUGUGGGCUGAGGACUCUCCAUCCAGCUGGCAAGGUUCACCUGGGCUGCUGUUAGGUUAGCACAACAGUUUCCAGAGUCUUCAUUUCCGAAAUCAGCAGGGCCUGCGCUGUUUCUGGCCCUGCCACGCUCACCCCAUCACACCAGGCCCUGGUUACUUAUUACUAGCCACCAUCCGCUGCCAUAAACGCUCAGAGUUUGCACGUUGAGCCCAGUGGCUGGGCGCCCUGCCUGAGGGUUCUGAGUUCAUUGGUGAGGCGGGAACCCAGUGGAGGCAUGGAUUCAGAGCUCCCUCAGGAGAUCCUAAUUUGUGACCAGCUCCACCCACACCGCUCCGGCAGGCCUGGGCUGACCUCCUGAGUUGGAAGCAUUGCAGGACCCAGACCAGGCUCUAGGCUCCAGAACCCCUGGCCGGUUCAGAAAGCAGGUUUGGCUGCGGAGGCCAGCCCUCCCCGUCCUCUCCCCUGUGUGAGCCAUGGAGGCCAGAGAGCAGCUUCUCUGCCGUUUUCCCCACCCCUGUCUUUCUGGAGGGUUAGCUCAGCCUGGAGGUUUGGACUCUGAGGCUUUGAAAUCCUCCCCCCAGGCUGGGCCCCUGGGGUCAAGAUCAGGAUUCGGGACUGGCAGGAUGAGGGGUGGAGGUGUUUUCCCCACCCCUGUCUUUCUGGAGGGUUAGCUCAGCCUGGAGGUUUGGACUCUGAGGCUUUGAAAUCCUCCCCCCAGGCUGGGCCCCUGGG